UGUACUGCGGCGUCCAGUGUGAGCGAGUGAACGAGUGAGCGGCUGGUUACACGGUGAUGGGUGGCCGUGAGGCGACCCCCACGGGGGUCUCAGUGUCCCGGGCCGACGUUCACCGCUGAAGGGGCUGGCAGGGGGUGGGAGGGAGGGGGGUCAGGAUGACAUUCCGGCCCCCGUGUCCCCCGGUCGGCGACACCUGCGAAUCGGGCAUCGGAAGGUGGGACGUCGAGAGGGUCUGACCGCUCCUUUGAUGCUGUUCGGCGGGACCAGACCCUCGGGCACUGAUUCCCCCCUCCCUCACCCCCACCCUCCCCGCAAGGCAGCCCCCACACCUCUCCCUCGCGAUGGGAUGCAAUAUGUGUGUCAUGGAGAAAGCUGACGGACAAAACAAGGUGCUGUCUCAGGGCCCAGCCGGACUACGACAUGGAGUUCCUGGACGUCGCCUCUCGCCGUCCAGUCCACGCGUGCUUCAUGGGAAGGAGGCGUGCAGGGUGAACCAGGAGACGUCGGCAGAGACCCUCCGCCUGCCCAGGGAGCCCCUGGUCAUCCAGGUGAUGCGGCGAAGCCCGAGGGGGAAGGCGGCCUCGGCCUCGGCCUCGGCCCCGGAGCCACAGCUGGUGGACAACGGGACCCAGACGGACAUCACCUUCGAGCACAUCAUGGCCCUGAGCAAGGUCCGGCCCCCUUCGCCGCCCCCCGUUCUGCUGGAACCAUAUGUCCUGUCUGAUCUCCCCCCGCUGGGCAACGACUUCUACGAAGCUAAUGACUACAUGGACAGCGGUCACCAUGAAGUGGAUCGAUCUGAGGACUUGGAGUACGAGGAGGUGGAGCUGUACAAGGAGAGGCAUCAGGAGAAGUUGGGUCUGACUGUGUGCUACCGCACUGACGACGAGAACGACACCGGGAUCUACAUCGGGGAGAUUAAUCCCAAUGGUAUCGCGGCGAAGGACGGUCGGAUACGGACGGGAGAUCGAAUCGUUCAGAUAAACGGAGUCGAGGUGCAGAACAGGGAGGAGGCGGUCGCCAUCUUGACUCGAGAGGACAGUACCAACGUCUCCUUACUCCUAGCCAGGCCGGAGAUAGAGCUGGACGAGGGAUGGAUUGAAGAGCGAGGAGAAGCUAUGGAAAUUGCCAGUCGAGAGGAGGGCGAGGAACCGCUGCCGGGCCUCGGCAAUGCUGCACCAGUGAAGCACAAGGAAGUCGAUGAGGAAGAGGAGGAGGAGGAAGAGGAGGAGGACGAGGACGAGGACGACGAGGGGAAGGGCUCGGCCGACCCCGGCAACGUGCUGAGCAACAGCCAGGAGCUGGACAGCGGCGUGGGCCGGACGGACGAGAGCACCCGCAACGACGAGAGCUCGGAGCACGACAUCCUGGCGGACGAGCAGGCGAUCACCGUCACCAGCACCGCGGGCAGCGGCACGCCGGGCGGUGGGCGGAGGCCGCGGCCAUCCAAGGGCGAUGGUCAGACCGGCCGCCGGCGCGGUGACCUACACCUCAGCACCGAGUCGCUGCCGGGGCUGACCGAGGAAGAGUGCCUUCGGUACCGGGAGUUGCUGGAGCUGCGCUGCCACCUGGAGAACGGCAACGCCGCCGCUCUCUGCUACCGGGCCGCCGGCCGGGCGCUGGACGUCAACCGCAACGAGGGUGUGGGCCGGCUGGCGGCCACGCUGCAAGAGGAACUGGGGCAUCUCGAAUUCAAGUGCCGCAACGUGCUGCGGGCGCAGAAGAUGCAGCAGUUGCGGGAGCGAUGCAUGAAGGCGUGGCUGGCCGGCGAGGCUUCGCCCUUUGACGGCGGAGGAGGAGACCCGCUGCGAAGGGGCGGUCUGUGCGACAUCACCGAGCUGCCCGAGCGCUCGGACCGCGACAGCACCAGCGCCUACAACACGGGCGAGAGCUGCCGCAGCACGCCGCUGUUAGCCGAGCCCGCCCUCCUGCCCCCCGCCGUCACCGCCGCUGCCCCGGACAGCCCGUGGCGCCGCCUCGGGGCCGGCACCAACCUCAACCUGGAGCCGCCGGCCGGCCUGGCUAGCCCUCCCCGCUUCAGGAGCCUGCCCCGGCACCAGGAGAGGUCGGGCAGGAAAGGUGCCAAGGCGACGGGUGAGGGCAGCCCCUACCUGUCUCGCUGCCGCCAUCGCUCGCCCGGCACCGGCGAGCGCUACCGCAGCUGCGUCCAGUUGACCCAACCCCAGCCUGGACCCGGACCCGGGCCCGGGCCCGCCCCCGAGGGUCUCCUCCCUGCACCCCCGGCGGCCGGCGGCACCCCCCGGCUCCCGUCCGAAGGCCGGAGCGAGUGGAGGGUGAAGGUGAGGAGCGACGGCUCCCGGUACGUGGCCAAGCGGCCGGUGCGGGACAAGCUGCUGAAGGCCCGGGCGCUGAAAAUACGCGAGGAGCGCAGCGGAAUGACCACGGACGACGACGCCGUCAGCGAGAUGAAGAUGGGCCGCUACUGGAGCAAGGAGGAGCGCAAGCAGCACCUCGCCCGGGCCCGCGAGCAGCGGCGGCGCCGCGAGUUCAUGAUGCAGAGCCGGCUGGACUGCUUGCGGGAGCAGCAGGCCGGCGAGGCGGCCCGUGGCGACCUCAGCAUCCUCGCCCUGAGUCACAAGAAGACGAUGCGGCGUCGCAACCGCAGGAUCUUGGAUAACUGGAUGACCAUCCAGGAGAUGCUGGCCCACGGCGCCCGGACGGCCGAUGGCAAGCGAGUCUACAACCCGCUGCUCUCGGUCACCACCGUUUGAGUGGGGGGUGAUAGCUUCACUCCCGGCUUUUGCCGGCGAGGGUCGCGGGUCGCACCGGGACUUAUGACUUUUGUCGCGGGUAGGGGGGAGGGGUAAGUUGCGAUGCUGGCCGAACCCGGGACGCUGCCUCGCUGUCUCUCCAUCGGGGUUCACGGGGAAGGGAGUUCAGAUUCCCCUCAAGCGUGUUGUACAGGUGGGAGAUCUCGCUCUCUCUCACAGGCACGCACUCUCUCACGUACACACUCACUCUCACGCUCUGUCCCUCACUCCCCCUCAGUCUCUUUCAAACUCACUCUCUCUCUCUCUCUCUCUCUCAGUUACACACUCACUCACGUCCUGUCCCGCACUCUGUUUCAAACACUCUCUCUCACGCACUUUCUCACCCACUAUCUCUCUCUCUCACGUACUCACUCCCUCUCACUCUCUUUCAAACACACUUUCUCACUCGGGCUCUCUCUCACGUACACACUCACUCUCACGCACUGUCCCUCACUCCCUCUCACUCUCUUUCAAACUCUCUCUCGCGCGCGCGCUCUCACUCUCACGCACUUUCUCACACUCUUUCUAACACACACACUCUCUCGCACGCUCUUCACAACUCUCCCUCACACACACACACACACACACACACUCACACUUAAUCUCUCAUACUCUUGCAGUCUCUGUCUCUUUCACGCUCGCUCUCUCGCACGCUGUCUUCACAACUCCCUCACACACACAAUCUCGCAUACUCUUGCAGUCUCUCUCUCUCUCACCCUCUCUGUCAAGUGUCUUUUUCUUCCGUUUGCUCGCUCUCUCUGUCUCACUCAGCCUCUCUCUAUGCCUCACACACACAACAACCCUUACCCAGGGAGCAGUGAGCGGGGAUCAACAGAUUUAUAUUACACCGAACAGGGUAGGCUGUUCGGCCCACAAUGUUGUGCCAACCUUUUCACCAGCUAACACUCCCUUCCCGCAUAGCCGUCCAUUUUUUAAUCAUCCAUGUGCCUGUCUGAGAGUUUCCUAAAUACUCCAACAUCGCUGUCUCAACCACCGCACUGGCAACUUGUUUCACACACGCGCCGUUCUCUAAGUCAAAAAAAAACCUACCUCUGACAUCUCGGCCUGAAACAUCAACUGUUUAUUCCCCUCCGUAGAUGCUGCCUGACCUGCUGAGUGCCUGCAGCAUUUUGUCAUUGUGUGUGUGUGUGUGUGUUGCUCUGGAUUUCUAGCAUCAGCAGAAUCUCCAUUCCCCUCUCAACACCGUAAAGUUACGCCCCCCAUCCCCCACCCUGGUUUCGGCCAUGUCUGCCCUGGGUGGAGGGAGUUUCUGGAAGCCCACUCUGUUUAAGGUCUGGGGAAGGGGGGGGGUCGAAGUGCGAAGUGAGGGGCAGAGACCAGUGGGUGGCUGAAAUGGGUUAUCAGAAGAACUGGCAGAAUCAAGCCAUUUGAUGCAGUUUGAGGGGUUUUUAAAAGGACCUGUGGAUAUGAAAGGAUUGGAUUCACAAGCAGAGGACGUUCAGUAUAAAUUUGGCAUCGAGAUUGGAGCAAUGCUAUUUGUACUGCUAUAUAUUGUAAAUAAGACCAUUCGGCCCACUCAAGCCUGCUAGACAGGAGCAGCAGGUCACUCUGACCUUUUCCAUCUUGCUGUGGAGGAACAGGGAAACCCUGGCACACCCAAAUAAGAGGAGACACUUUUAUCUCCUCAACCUUUUGCAGGAACAGUGGGGCUGGGAGGGGCAUUCAGCCCAUGCUGGCUGGCUGCCUGCCUUACCCUUUCUAUCCAACUAGCCCUGGUGGACCACGAUGUUGUUAAAUGGCUGGCUUUGAGACCUGACAGCUUUGACUGUCUUUGGAGUGAUAGACUCCUCAUUUCUUCUCCCCCCUCACCCACCAUGGGAGAAAUAGUUUUUACAUUUCACUCCCAACCCCAGAUCUCCAAGCAGUAGGAAUAGUUUAGGUCUCCUGAGGGGUGGGGACUCUUAACUAGGUAAAAUUCCUGAUGUUGCAACCCCUAAACCCUGAAGACAACAGAGGUUCUGCACUCUCACUGUGAUCAGCAGUGGCUGUAGUAGCCCUGGGUCAGUAAGGGUUGGAGACAGAUUGCAGGGCAGUGGGAGUGGAUCAGGGACUGAAUGUGGGACAGUGGAGACUGGAGCUUGACUCCAGGAUGGUGGGGAAGGGGGGAGCUGGAGACUGACUCUGAAACAGUGAGGGAGGGGGGAGUAGUGACUGACUUUGGGACAGGGGAGUGCAGGAGACUGACUUUGGGGAAGGGUGGCCAAGGAGACUCUCUUUGGGAUGGGGAGGACCACAAGAGACUGACUUUGGGACAGGGGAGCACAGGAGACUGACUUUGGGGUGGUGGGGAGGGUUGGCCAAGGUUUCUUUGGGACGGGGUGACGAAGGAGAAUGACUUUGGGACAGGGAGGGCAGAGGAGACCGUAUUUAGGAUGGAUGGCACAGGAAAUUGUCUUUGGGAUGGGGGGCAGGAGAGACUGACUUUGGGAUGGGGAGGGCUGGGACAGUGGGAUAUUGGAUAGUGUGGAUGAGACUGUUUGACUUUAGGGAUGGUUAACUGGCCCCAAUCCCUUGUCUCCAGAGUCUGGUGAUGUCUCCAGUCUCCUGGUUUCGGAGUUCGCACCGGCGGUAGGUUUGCAGAUAGCGGCAGACAGCUUUGCCUUCGCAGGGGCCGCCAAGCGGCUUCUGAGAUUGAUGCCUGAUUGCAGGAGGCUGGUUCUUCUCCCGUGACCUGCCAAUACCGCUACACCCCAGGAUCUCUUCUCCCCACCCAGGAAUCCUACUGCCAUGGCCCCAAAGGAAGGUGCUUCCCUCAGCCUCGAGAAUUGAGGCCAGACCAGGCCGAGGCCGAGGCACCGGCGGUAGGAGAAUGGCCCGAGCUCUCCCCCCACCCCGGAGCACUCAGAUUCCAGGCGAAACCUCGGCAGGGCUCUCCUCAUCCCUGAAUGACUAUAUUCAGGGAGAUCUGAUAGAGGUAUGCUAAAUUACCAGGGUGUAGACAGGGUAAAUGCAAGCAGGCUCUCCCCGCCUGAGGCUGGGCGAGACUAGAACUCGAGAUCAUAGGUUAAGGGUGAAAGGUGACAUAUUUAAGGGAACCUGGGAGGCGGAAUCUCUUCACUCGGAGGUGAGAUUGUGGAACGAGCUGCCAGUGGAAGUGGUUCGAUUGCAUCAUUUAAGAGAAAUUUGGAUAAGUACGUGGAUGGGAGGGUUAGGGAGGGCUAUGGUCCAGGUGCAGGUUGAUGGGACUAGGCAGAUUAACAGUUCGGCACGGAGUAGAUGGACCGAAAGGCCUGUUUCUCCGAUUCCGUGUCAAUGACCCUGCUGGGAAUUGACCAACCCUGGAUAUUGGGCCCCAGGGUAAAAACCAUUAUCUCUCCCGUCAGACGGUUUAGCUGCUCUGACAUUUUCUGGCAUCUUCCCCCUUUCCUUUCCAGUCGCGAUGAAGGGUCUCAACCCAAUAUGUCGACUGUUUAUUCCUCUCCAUCGAUGCCGCCUGACCGCAGAGUUCCUCCAGCAUUUUGUGUGUGUUGUUCUGGGUUUCCAGAUCUGCAGAAUCCCUUGAACACUCUGCUCAGCCUAAAUCAUCCACUGACUCCUGCCCGUCCCCUCACCCUACAAAACAACCACGCUGUUCACACCUCACCGCCGCUCUCCCGACGCCACAGGGGUUUUCAGCUGGGGGCCUGUCUCCAGGGAGUCCAACUCCAUCCCAGGCCGGUGGGAAAUCUGAGCAAUGGAGUCAUUUUGGAAUAAACAGUUUUUAUUUAGAAUAUUAACAAACACAGGAGGUUCUGCAGAUCCUGGAAAUCCAGAAUGAAUAGGUGGGGGUGAGGAAGCAGGCUGGCUGGAAAGUGAUGGACAAAGCCAGUCGGGUGGGAAUGGUAAAGAGCUGGAGAGGAAAGACUAUGAUAGGAGAGGAGAGUGGACUGUAGGAAAAAGAGGAGGAGGUAAUAGACGGGUGAGAAGAAGGGGUAGGAGCCCAGAGUGAGGAACAGAAAAGAGGGAACAAAUGUUACCGGAAGGAGAAGUGGGUGUUCAUGCCAUUCGGCUGGAGGCCACCCAGACGGAAUAUGACGUGUUGCUCCCCCACCCUAAGGGUGGCCUCACUCGCCCUAGCAGAUGAGGAGGCCACGGAGUGACACGUCUACCUGAAUGGGGAUAGGAAUUUGAAUGGCUGGUCGCCGAUGAAGCGAAGGUUCAUCAAUAUGAGUUCGGGCAUCGCCGCCCAGCCCAGGUGACAGACUCCAGGCCCGUGCAAAUGCGACCAGCUUUUCAAUGUACCCUGAGAUGGGCAGCGGCCCGAGGAAUGUUCGGGAAACGGCCGCUCCCAGCUAGUCAGUGGACAUCUUGCCACUGGACCGUCUCUUUCUCUUCCCACGGGUGCUGUCUGACCUGCCGGGCGCCUCCAACCUUUUCUCCCCCACCCCCUUCCCAAACACUCCCUUUCUUCUCGCCUGCGUUACAGGAGCCAGUGGAUUUGCCGUCCCAGCGCCUUCCCCACCCGCAGUAACCUCCCGGCAAGAAUCAGUACCUCGUAUCACACAGAGGAACGUCACGCAGCUCAGUGGGGCUAUGCCGGCUCUCAAAUGUGAUCCUGUCAACUUCUCUCACUGUACCCCAGAAAUUAAAACUACAUUCCACGCGUGCCGACUCCCUCCAGACCGGCGGGAAGCGAGCCCGGGUCGCUGGUACUGUACAGCGUUACUCUCACCGCCACGCUACCCUGCCGUCCAUUGGAAACUCAGUAACUAACACGGACGUCUUUGGAGUGUGUGUGGGGUGGGGUGGGGGGGGGUGGGAUUGGCGGAGUACCUGAA